ACACAACUUGCUGAGUAGAAUUUGGUGUACUAAAUCUUUCAGGCGAUCGCCGCAACAUACUCAAAUUCCUUUUACGUUUAAGAUGGCGGGUGACGAGUCUGGAAUAACGCUGGGUCAGCCUCAUCUUUCCAAACAAGAUCUAAAUGAUCUGGAUGUGUCCACCCUGACUCCUCUCUCUCAAGAGAUCAUCAGCAGACAGGCCACCAUCAACAUUGGCACCAUUGGUCAUGUGGCCCACGGGAAGUCGACGGUGGUCAAGGCCAUCUCAGGGGUUCACACUGUCCGCUUCAAGAACGAGCUGGAGAGGAACAUCACAAUCAAGCUAGGUUACGCUAAUGCCAAGGUGUACAAGCUGGACGACCCCAGCUGUCCCAGGCCAGAGUGCUACAGGUCGUGUGGCUCCAGUACUCCUGAUGAGUUCCCUACAGACAUCCCUGGAACCAAGGGCAACUUCAAACUGGUCAGACAUGUGUCCUUUGUGGACUGUCCUGGUCACGACAUUCUGAUGGCCACUAUGUUGAACGGAGCAGCUGUUAUGGACGCUGCCCUCCUCCUCAUUGCGGGUAACGAGUCGUGUCCCCAGCCCCAAACCUCUGAGCACCUGGCUGCCAUAGAGAUCAUGAAGCUCAAACACAUCCUUAUCCUCCAGAACAAGAUUGAUCUGGUCAAGGAGAGCCAGGCCAAGGAGCAGUACGAACAGAUCCUAGCCUUCGUACAGGGUACAGUGGCAGAGGGAGCACCUAUUAUUCCUAUCUCAGCCCAGCUGAAGUACAACAUAGAGGUGGUGUGUGAAUACAUUGUCAAGAAGAUCCCUGUCCCCAUCAGAGACUUCACCUCAGAACCUAGACUGAUUGUGAUCCGGUCGUUUGAUGUCAACAAGCCGGGAUGUGAGGUUGACGACCUGAAAGGAGGUGUGGCCGGAGGCAGUAUUCUAAAAGGCGUGCUCAAGGUGGGUCAGGAGUUGGAGGUGCGUCCUGGCAUCGUGUCUAAGGACCAUGAGGGGAAGCUGAUGUGUAAACCCAUCUUCUCCAAGAUCGUCUCACUUUUUGCUGAACACAACGACUUACAGUACGCAGCACCCGGAGGACUCAUCGGUGUAGGCACUAAGAUUGAUCCGACCCUGUGCAGAGCUGACCGUAUGGUUGGCCAGGUGCUGGGAGCGGUCGGAGCACUACCUGAGAUCUUCACAGAACUGGAAAUCUCCUACUUCCUGUUGAGGAGGCUUCUGGGAGUCCGCACUGAAGGAGACAAGAAGGCCGCCAAGGUCCAGAAGCUGUCUAAGAACGAGGUGUUGAUGGUGAACAUCGGGAGUCUGUCUACGGGCGGCAGAGUGAGUGCAGUGAAGGCUGACCUGGCCAAGAUCGUCCUAACCAACCCUGUCUGUACAGAGGUUGGAGAGAAGAUCGCUCUCAGCCGUCGUGUGGAGAAACAUUGGCGUCUGAUUGGCUGGGGCCAGAUCAGGAGGGGUGUGACCAUCACCCCUACUGUGGACGACGACUGAGCAACCAAACAGGAAGUGUGUCUCCAUGGUGACACCCUCUCAACAAGACUACACACCCAACAUACUCUUUUUCAUACAUACACACACCUGUACAGCUGCCGAGAGAGGGAUACCUGACCCGGGAGAGGGAAGGAAGGAGGCUGCAUCUUAAAUAUCUAUACUGGCUUCCUCACUACGUCUCCUCUCCUACAUCUGCACUGAUAAAUAAAGAACUGUGACAGGUAAAAGCUGGUUCCUCAUAGAUAUCUACUGUUUUCAUCUGUCUUGUUUUCAGAUCAGUGCAGACGAACGAGGAAGACACCGUAAAGUAUUGACAUGCAGCCAGGGAGGGUAAAGAAAGGUAGCUGGUCUGGGGUUUUAAGAUGACUAUCUCCCAAAGCAGGACUGGAAAUGAUGGAACAGGGGGCAACACUCACAAUGCUACAGAUAGAAAUGUAAUGGAUAGAGCUGAGAUUACAUGAGUUCCGAUUAAUUCCACACGACAGAGAAUCCUGUCCUUUUCUAUUUUAUAUAUUUCUAUCUGGUUGUACAGUAAGCGUUGCUCCAUCCUGAAUAAGCCCUGGAGUAACAGAUGGUUGAUAGUGCUGUGUGUUCUGCUGUUAACAGCUUUCAGUGAAAUCUAAUAAAAUACACAUUUGGAACAAAA